GCGCACAGUUUGUGUAAAUGUCCCGACCGCUGGUUCACCGUUGGUCAUUCAGCUGCACGAGGUCCUCCGUAUCAUUUCAGCUCGAGCACAACGGAGAGCGAGAAGUACGGUAGUCAUGUUGGGCUCAGAGGACCACGGAGAGACUCGCAAACGCAACGGGACCGGAGUGACGUGUCCAUUUAGCCCUGUUGAAGACGGGACAUUGACUGAACAGAUCAGGCAAGAGGGUGUGUCUUCUGAUAUGGUGGAGUUUAUGAGACAGGAUGGCCCACUUGAAAAACCUCGUCCAAAGCGGGAACGCAAACACAGGUCGUACACACUCUGCGAAGUGUGCAACAUUCAGCUGAACUCUGCAGCACAAGCACAGAUACACUACAAUGGCAAAACACACCAGAAAAGACUCAAACACAUAAACAACAACAACACAGGUACGACUGCUCAGGGGAGCCCUCUGCUGGCCUCAUUACAGAUGCAUGGUCGUCCUCUGCAGACACCUCUGGACUUGAAACACUUCCUGCCCUUCAGGCUCAGUGGCUCCUCCCCCCUCAGCCUGUUCCCAAACUUCAAUACAAUGGACCCGGUACAGAAGGCAGUGAUAAACCACACAUUUGGUGUUCCUCAGUCACUGAAGAAAAAACAGGUCAUCUCAUGCAAUAUCUGUCACCUACGCUUCAAUUCCACGAAUCAGGCAGAAGCCCACUAUAAAGGCCAUAAACACACUCGUAAACUGAAGGCUUUAGAGGCUCAGAAGAACAAACAGCAGAGACGACAACUCGACAAUGCACAUCACAACCGAAACAAAGACAGAGAGAAGGAGCGAGAGAGGGACAGGGAGAGGGACGUGGACAGAGUGAAAACGAGUGCUCCAGAUCCACUUCCUGCCCUGCUGGAUGACAGCACCGUUGAGGGAACUGCACUCUGUGACUCAGACUCUGUUAUGAGGGUGGAUGAUACUCACUCAAGUUCGGUGGUCUUGACGCCGAUAUCGGAGGUGUCGUCUGCAGACCUGUCUAUCUCCUCUAUUCAAUCCCAGCACCCAGACAGCGCGCUGGAGCCCACCGGUGCCACCAGCGAGACAGGUGCUCAGCAGAACAGCCCAACAGGGGACACACAGACAGACCCCAAAAAAAACAAACAACAUCUGCACUGCCCCGUCUGCAAAGUCACCGUCAACUCCACCGUUCAAAUGGACGCUCACAAUAGUGGCACCAAGCACAAACUAAUGUUGGAAGGACAGAGUGUGCUGCCACGACGACGAGGGAAAGCAAUGUCGUCCCGCCCCUCAUGUAAAAGCAAGCGAUUAGCCAGCAAGGGAAGUGUGGGUGUGGCCAACAAGAGCUUCUGCUGUGAAGUUUGUGAGAUCCACGUCAACUCUGAGACUCAGCUCAGCCAGCACAUGAACAGUCGACGGCAUAAGGAUAGACUGGCUGGAAAGCCCCCCAAGCCCAAAUUCAACCCUCACACCAAGAGCCAGCCUACCUCAGCAGUAUCGCAGGGCAUCAGAUGGAAUGGUUAUGCUGGUGGUGCUCUGUCUGCAAUGAAGAAAGUUAUCAACCAAUGCAAUCUCUCCUCUCUGUCCUCACAGACUAAGCUGGUUCUACAGAAGCAAUUGACAAAAACUUUGACCGCCAGCUUCCUUCACAACCCCUUAACACCACCCACCCUCUGCACUGUUGCAGCAAAUCCGCAAUUUGCACUCCGUCACCCACCGGGCACUACCUUUAUUCAGACACCGAUCCUCGGCCCGGCCCUCUUUCGGCCAGCGCCCGGACCUCUGAGAGCCACGCACACCCCCAUCAUUUUUUCACCUUAUUGAUCACCCAAAAUGAGCUCAAACAAAACAAACCCUCUUUCAACAAGGGUGCACAUAUCCGUAAUUUAGUCUUAUGAUCCGUUCUCAGUGUUGACGGUCUGUGUACAAACUUUGUCUGUGCUCCUGCACUCUCCCAUCUAAUACAUAAAUACACACACCCAUAUAUAUACAAAUACGCACUCUCAAAGUGUUCCCUAUCCUCCUCAAAGACUGUGCCCUAUGUGGGUCACUCUUGAACUAUGCAGCAAAGAGAGAGGGAGAGUGUGUGUGAGAGAGAGAGUCAGAGAGAGAGAGAGAGAGAGAGAGAGAGAGAGUAUCAAAGACCCGAAUGGAUGGAAGCAAGACCCAUAACUGUAUGGGAGGGGCCUCUACGCAAACGCCAGCCCACUAUGCAGAUGAGCGCAUUGGCCGAUUUACUUAAUGCUGAUGUAAGAAAGACUAAUAAGGAAAUGAAAGAGAAUCACUUUUAGAAGGAUAUUUAGCGUUGCUUUAUGAGAUAUUUAUCAUUAUUUAGAUAUUAAUCAGGUUUUUAUUCUAUAAUUUAUUAGAGAAAAGCCCAUUUUAGAGACCUAUUACUGCUUUAGCUGUUUGUUUAGUGAGGAAAUGCAAAAUCCCUUUACUUGAGGCUUCUUUUUAAAAUUCUUUUUACAGUAUUUUCAAAUGUUAUUUAUCUUUUGUCAGUGAUCAUCUUGUUCCAUAUGCAUGGAAGUUUGCUGUUGUUCUGUGUACUCACAUGCAUUUUGAGGAACCUCAUCUGAUCGACUUUUCUUACAAACACAAACCUCAUUGGUCUGUCAGUUUAGAGAUGCAAAGGCUUUCCGUCAUGUGUAAUGACAGAGUAAAAUCGAGUGUGAGUCUUAUAGACGAAGGCGACAGUUUUGUAGCACAGCAAUGCUCUAAUUCUUACACACAGACACACUCUCGCACACUCACGCACUCCCAAUCAGUGCCCCAAUUUUCUUAGUGUUGAUGUGUAGAUUAGGUGAUUUGAGAUUGCAGAUGCUCACACACAAUCUCAGAUGAGAUGAUUAUGGUUGACUCACAAUUUGACGUGGCCUUUUAUGUCCACAUAUUUUGUUCUCAGUAUUCCCUCUCACAAAGGUCAGCGUGCCUGUUAAAAUCUGUCCACGUUACACCUUGAUUAAGAUCUAAACCCAUACCGUAUCGUUAGUUUGUGUGCAUAUGAUUCAAAACCUGUCGUGGGUUCAUUAUUUCUUUGUUUCUAUUCAACUGAAGGAAAACCAUGUUACAUUUUGAUGCUGAAAGCUUCACUGAUUUAGGGUGUACUCACACUAGGCCCUGUUGCCUUGUACCGUGCCCAAGCAUGAUUGUCCCCACUUCCACUCACAUUGCACUUAACGUUCUGGGCCUGAGCACGCUUACAUCAUUACAAUGUGACUUUUUGUUUUGAAGAAAACAGGAAGAAAAGAGCACUUUUGCAGAGCACAAUGGAGUCCAUCAUUGUACGACCCUCUCGCAUGCCUAAUUGUCAACAGCAUCGUACCACUGGAAUUUAUACUUUUCUUCCGAUGAGCUGCCAGAUUUGCCUUCAGAUACUGAACCGCAGUUUUUUUUUUGCUCAGUGGUUCUUUGAUAUCCAUGAGCACGGAGAUAGUUGUGAAUUUUACCAAAUAUCUCUGAAUUCAGUUGUUUCUGUAUACUCUCGUCGCCCAAAUUUCCAGUAAACACUGCAUCUCUGCCAUAGACCAAAGUGAUCCCUUUGCCGGCAUGUUUGUUAAAUGAACAGUUGCAUCAUUGACGUCAUCUUUUGAGUUCCGUGCUCUGCCACGGUUAGCGAACACACUACUGUUCCUGAGCCAACUGAACCAUGCCACACUAGUAAAAUGAACUGGACUUUGUGGAUCAAACGUGCUCGGGCACAGUACAGCAUACAGCCUAGUGUGAGUACAUCCUUAGAUGCGGAGAGGAGCCAUGGCCAAAAUACUGUAUAAUGACUAUAAUUGGCAUCAGUAAAUACAUUAAUACGUUCUCUUGAAAGGAAUUUUUGAUGCAGGAUCAUUUUUAAGAUUAUGCUCACACAAUGCACUGACUGAAAUUCAUGUAGGAAUAAAAAAAACACACCGAUUGCAACUGUACUAUGGCUCUGAUCACACUGCACACAAAUCAGAUUUGGUUUUCAAUUCCGAUCUAUAAGAGCAACUGUCCGUACCGUCAUUUUGCAAAAGGUGGAAUCUAAUCUGUUUGUUCAGACUGUGUAGGCAAUAUCCAGCAUAUCUACAUUGGUUGAUAUGGUAAUAGUGUAAGUGUCGGCACAAAGAUAUUUUCUUAUACAACAACUGAGAGAAGCUGUCAUAUAAACUAAGGCAUUUUACGCAUUCAUGCAAAUACAGCCCAAAAUGGCUGAAUCAUUCACUUAUUCACUAUUUACUACAGUGAAUGUCAGAUAGUUUGCUAUCUGAGGAAUUAGUGUAUUGACAAUGUUGCGCACUUUGAAUGACAUUUCAUACGCAUCAUAUCCUAAAUGACAAAAAAUAAAUAAUCGAAAUAAACGAUCUGACCAGUAACAGGCGCAUAACAAAAAUCUGAUUUUAAUUGAUAUAAAUCAGAAUUAAAGUUUAUUUGCUGUUAAGACUACAUACAACUAAACAGAUUUAAAUUGAAUACAGAUUUCUGUUCAAAGCCAAAGUGUGCGCAUCAGCCCAAAUAGAGUUGCAUCACUUUGACCCAGGAUCAGUGUUUCCGAUUGUCAUCUGAUGGUAUUUGACAGGCUAAGUUUGAUCGUAACUGAUUCGAGACCUGUAGAAAUAGGUGUUCAUUUUAAGUCUGUGUUCCAUCUCUCAUCUCAUCUGCUUUUUUUUUUUUUCAAUGUGCCCGAACAUACAGAGCUUUUUGUAAAUAUUUUAAGAAUACAGCUUUUAAAAGUGAUCUAUGAAACAUUAAUAACAUUUAUAAUAUAUACACUGAGAAUUAGAGUAAAUAUGUAGACUUUUAUGAGAUGUUUAAUGUAGAUUCUUUAUCUGGUUCUUGUAAUUAAUGUGACAAUAAGAACAAUCUCUACUUGAUGAAGUUAUUACUUUUGUUGCCAUUUCCGCAGACAGAGACUUGCAUACAGAAAUAAGGAGAUAAUAGAAUCUGAAGUAGAUAAGUCUAUGUAGUUUUUAUGUCAAAUCAAAGUGCUCUGAUGUGUGUGCGAGCGAGAUAUAUUCAGCAUUUCGACAGGACGGGAUAUAAGAUAUAUUGCUAAAUACGUGCUGCUGGAGACCCAAACACUCUGAUUAGGCCUCACAGCCUGGAGUUACGGGUACAUCUCAAGCCCACUCAGGGCUUUUGCUUUUCAGAAGAGAAAUUGCCCUUGCGGGAAUGAAGCCAGGGGCCUUGAACAGAACUAACAAUAGCCAUAUUGAAACAAAGCUACAAGAGGCACAACAUGAACAAAUCUUUCUUCUUCUUCUUUUUCUGAGGACACUUUACAACAAGGAUUUUGUUUGGACUCCAUGAAUGGAUUUAUCCUAUUUGUCCAUUUGUGGGUGUUUUGAUCAUUCUUGAACUUCACACUGAUCUCCAUAUUUGAUUUAAAAGAUCUGUGGAAAGACCAAAUGUGAAUGACAAAAAAAAUGACUAAAAAAUAUUUGUCAAUCAGUGGAUUCCUCCAGGCCACCUGGAGGCAACUUCCUUUUCUCCAGAAAAAUAUGGAAAAUAGAAGACAGUGUAAGAUUACUUACAUUAUUAUUGCAUUUCUUGUUAUGUCAUGCUGAUAAGGUCCAUACAGCUGUGGUUGGUUAUGAUAAUAAUGACUGUGACACUUACUAGCUAGUUAGUAAUUUCACAUAUUGUCCAAAAGUAACAAUUCAUAAUUCAUAAUCAGAAAUGUAUAUUCUGUCAUCAUUUACUAACCCUCAUGUUGUUCCAAACCAAUAUGACUUUCUUUCUUCCAUGGACCACGAAAUGAGAUGUUAAGCAGAUUGACAGCUUCAGUCACUAUUCACUUUCAUCGUAUGAAUAAAAUAUUAGAGCUGUUGAUUAAGCAUGUUAAUUUAGUGCAAUUAAUUAAAUGUUAACCCCUUACACACUAAAGGCAUUUUGAUGGACUUCCGCUAAAAUGGCAUACCCAAGAGUCAAAACAAUUGCAAAGAACGUCAAUUUCAUGGGAUACGAUUUUAGAAAACCUUUACAAAUUUAAGAAAAUAUAUUUGAAUCUUGCUCAGAGACUCUUAUGCUACAACACUGCUGACAAAACAAAAUAUGAGCAUUAAAAAAAUUAACUUUUCAGUUAUUAUUCAGUUUGACAUUAUACCUUUUUGACAGUAAGUAUGGAUGGUCCAAACAAAUUACUUUGGUGUGGUUCUACAAAAAAUUUAAUUGAUAGGACAAAGCAAUCCAAACUUAACCGUCUCCAAGGUGGACUUUUAUUUAACAAUCUGUCCAAAUAACCUCUCCAGGCAAUAAUUAAUGUGUUUUAUUGAACAUUAAAACUGAAUAACUGUGCAAAAAUAAAAAUAUUAUGCAUGUAAAUACUUAAAUACUUGAGAAUUUUUUUUAAUGGAACAGUUUUAAUUCAUCAACUAAUUUAAAAGCAGUAUUUUAGAAUUUGGCAGAUCAGCUACAUUCAUUGUAAAGAUAAAAGACUAAGCUUUAAAAUGACACCUAAUUUGUGCAGAUCAAGCAAGUGGUUGUUGAGUAAAACAUUUAUGCAAUAAAUCAUGCCCCCUGACCGGUAUAUAAAUACUGCAAAAAGGUAUGUAUUUCCUUACAAUCUGAGCUGUUCAAGCUUGAAGUACAUGCAUAUUUACAACUGCUUCAGCAGAGGGCAGUAAAUGCGCCUCAACAAACCUCACAAUUAGCCCUGCCACAGAAUAAGAGCCGGUCAAACAGGAAGCGCUCUCACCAUCUGGACAAAGCACAACAGAAUGCAGGGAUCGCAAGACACGCCUUUCAAAGUACAACUUUUAACUUGCACAGUAUCUUAAAAAUGUGACGUUUACAACACGGAAUACCAUUGAGACGCUCCAAAAGUGUCUGCCUGAUGCACGUGUACAUAAACGACAAUUAAAUAUAGCACAGAUGGAACGUGAGAACAUGUCCUGUGAGAACAGGACAGAUUGACAAACUCAACUGCAAAAUUGAUUGAUUGAAUGAUGUAUGUAGGAAUAAAACAAAAAAACGAAUUGACUUCUAAAGUUACUUUUUGUAUUGUCUAAUGAAUGCUUUACUCAUCUUCGACAAUAAUGCAAUAUAUUUCAAUCUACAUGUAUUGUGUUUAUUAUACUGUAUAUAUUAUAUUAAGAAUUAUUUGAAUUAUUAUGUAUUAUAUUGAAUUAUCCUUAUUUGGGGGCCUUUCUCAGCAAAUACUGAUAUAUGCACUGUAAAAAAUGUCUAUAAUUGAAUGUUAAAAGACUGUAAAAAUGCUACAGACAAAAACGUUAAUUGAUUAACGAGUAUUAACUGUAAAAUAUGCAGUAAAAUUUGUAAGUGUAAAAAGUAUGAUUUUCCUGUAUAAUUAAUGGUAAAAAUGUACAUUGUUUAACAAGAGAGUACCUGUACAUUUUACAGGAAAUUAUUGUUAAAAUUACAGUUAAAAAAAAAAAUCGGGUGUUCCCACAAUUCCCUGCAUGACCCAUCAUAUUUCAUUAUAUUUUAUGGGAAUAGUUAUGUUGGGGUAUUCUGUGUUAUAUUUUAUGUAGUUUAGUUACUGUAUUAUUUUAAUGUCACACGUGUUACCCUGACAGUGUUUAGUGUUUGUGUGAGUGACACUGUGUGAUGUCUCCUCAUGAUUAUUGAUCAUGGCUCCUGAUAGAGACACUAUUAGUGAACUUCAUGUCAUCAUAUGCUGUUCUGUCAUUUAGCGAUUAACAAUAACUUAUGAAGUAAAAAGCAUAUUUUCACAGGUUUAGAAGGUUAAUAUCAAGUUUAUUACUUUUUUUUUUUUACAGUGCCAGUGUGGUCAUGCACAUUACAACAGUUUUAAACUGUAAAAUGUACAGGUUGUUUUGUAAAGUUUUCACAUUUUUACUGUAUUUUUACGUAAUUAUUCUGGCAACCACAUCUGACAUCUUUUGGGGGGGGCACAACAGGAUAUUUUUUAUAGUUUAUUAUUAAUUUGAUAUCUUAAUCAGCAUUCCAUGUUAUUCAUUUGAUUAAAAUAUUCAUCAAUUGACUGCCCUAGAUAAGAUGCAAUGAAAGUGAGUGGUUACCGAGAAUAAUAUAGUUCAUAAUAUCUCCUUUUGUGUUCCAUGGAAGAAAUAGAGUCAUACAGAUUUGGAACAACAUGAGGGUGAGUAAACGAUGAAAAAAAUGUUAAUUUUUGGUGAACUAUAAGGUCUUUCUGUUUGUUGGGUUUUUUAUUUGUUUGUUUUUCAGAACAGUGAAAUUCAAUCUUUAAGCAAUAAUGAUGGAAACUGGAACAUUUUUAUCAAAAUGGAAGAUGACAGUUUCUCUCUCUCUCUCUCUCUCUCUCUCUCUCUCUCGCUCUCUCGCUCUCUGUCUUUAUCUUGCAUGUUUCUUCCCUAAUCUCGUUCUCUCAAUGUAAUGUGAGCUCUGAAUGCAGCUCUGUUGGGUGAACAUUGUAAACAGCUUCUUUUUUUACAUUUCCCUCUUUUUAUUUUUCACUGGUGUCUGAUGGAACGUGAUGGAAUGAAACAUUUGCUAUGUCACAUGUCAUGAUGACAUCAGUUGCCAGCGGUGACAAGACAGUGACUGGCAUUUCAAUUUCUUUCAAAGUUAGGUCUUACAUCCACUAUAUUGGUUCAGGGCAAUUUUACCAUUAGACAAAUUUCAACUUCCUAUCUUGUGCCAAAAUACAUACUGAGGAAUGGCUAAAUGCCAAAUUUAAAGUUUGUUUUUUUAAUAAUUCUCAAUAAUAUUUUUGUAUGCUCAUUUUGUUCUGAAGGGCAAUGGAAAUUAGAACUCUGACAUCAUGAUCAUACACUAUCAUUAUGAUUUUUUUUUAAGUAGGGGCCUUUCCCAUAAAUAUGCAUCUAUGUUUAAAAAUCAUGGAGCCUCGUGUGUGUGUGUGUGUGUGUGUGUGUGUGUGUGUGUGUGUGUGUGUGUGUGUGUGUGUGUGUGUGUGUGUGUGUGUGUGGUUGUUGUUGUGCUGGAAAAUAUGUAAAUUGUGUCAAAUCCAGCUAGAUGUUUCAAAGGCAUGAACAAAUGUUUUUAUCAUGCUUAAAAGGGGACAUGGCCAGUAUUGCAUAAUUUAAAUAUUGACAGACUUGUAUUUGUUCUUUGUUCAUGUUGUGCUCAUACAUUCCCUUCUGCGACUGAUCUAACAUUGACAAGAACUGUCGGCUGACACAAGAGGAUUUUGCUCCUUGGUUUCCUGACUCAUUUGCUAGUUCUCUGUACAGUGUGUGUAUGUAUGCGUAAAAAAGAAAUAAAGGAGAGAAUGCAAGAGAGGGAGAAAGCGAAAUAAAUCUAUUAGA